AGAUAUUUUCUAACAGACCUCUGGAGUAGGUGAAACUUGAUCCUGGACUUCUAGGUCAAAGAAAACCUUUCUUCCAAGUUUCAAUGUUUACUCAAAUGUAAUUCAGAAAUUGGAAGGAUCAGAAGGAAUGUCAUGCAAAUUAGACUUGAGUGGAUUUAAACUGUAUGGAGAAACGUCUGAUCGUACCGAUUUUCUCAAAGCAAAGAAUGGUGAACGACAACAAUAACCUGAACAAUGAUUCAUGCGGCAAUAUUACUAACUUCAAAGCUAAUAUUUACAUACAAACGUAUAUCAUUGUAUUUAUCUUUGGAUUCAUUGAAAAUGUCUUCUGUUUAUAUAUAUUACUGAAAUUAUAUAAGAGGAACACUACAUUCAGCAUCGUCAUGGUGAACCUAGCAAUAUCGGAUCUGCUAUUUGUCUGCACGUUGCCCUGGCGGGUCCACUAUUAUUGGAAUAACAACAAAUGGGACUUUUCAUUUUCCUUCUGCAUGUUCCUGACUUAUGCUCUGUACCUCAACAUGUACUGCAGCAUCUACUUUCUGACCCUGAUGAGCGUGUUGCGCUACUUCGCUGUAGUGCAUCCAAUGAAAGCUUUAAAGUAUAGAUCUGUUAGAUCUGUGCAAAUCAUUUGUGUCGCAAUAUGGGUGUUUGUGGGAGUCUCAACCAUUCCUUUUGUGAUUAAAAAGAAUGAACAAAACGAUUCGAACACAACAAAGUGCUUUGAACCCAACAAUGGGAUUAGUAAUGAAAAUAGCACUAUGUCUAAUGAAACUACUAUGAAUUUCUUUUCCCUGGUGGUAGGUUGCAUUAUUCCCUUCUUAACUAUCUCUGUCUGCUACAUAUUUGUUGUUAAGACUUUGCUAACUUCAGAAGUACAGUGCCACCAGCAAAAGCGCUCCCGCAAAACAGCUAUUGCAAUGAUUAUUAUCGUAAUGAUUAUAUUUCUGACCUGUUUUCUGCCUUAUCACAUUCUACGAACCGUCUAUCUUGUCACAAGGCAGAAUUCACCCUCGGUUGGCUGUACUCACAAAGCAUUGGUGGUUACCCUGUGUACAGUGGCAACCAAUCCCUGUUUGGACCCCCUUUUAUAUUACUUUGCAGCAGGAAACUUCCGAGGCAAGGUGAGAAGUACAAUUAAGACCACAUUCAGAGGCUCUCUUGCCUUGAUGCGUAAAACCUGAACCCCCACACAAUUCACCUUCAUGUCUCAUUAUUAUUACAGGAGUAAUUGGAGAGCAGGAUUUCUCUUGCGUAUGAUGUAAAAGGUCAAAGUUAAUGGGAUAUAUUGUAAUUAUUUUCGACCACAAAAUAAUUUGACUAACAGGCAUGGCAGUUUUUAUUUGGAGAAAAUAAUACUCCUCAUGCAACAUUCUUCUGCUCUAUAUAACACCAGAUUUAA